CUCUGUCCUUGCAGGUCGUGUGUUCAAUGGCUCAGCGAAACCCAUCGACAGUGGCCCCACAGUGAUGGCCGAGGACUUCCUGGACAUCAAUGGCCAACCCAUCAACCCCCACGGCCGCAUCUACCCUGAGGAGAUGAUCCAGACUGGGAUCUCACCCAUCGAUGUCAUGAACAGCAUUGCCCGUGGCCAGAAGAUCCCAAUUUUCUCUGCUGCUGGACUCCCCCACAAUGAGAUUGCAGCCCAGAUCUGCCGCCAAGCUGGGCUGGUCAAGAAGUCCAAGGAUGUGGUGGACUACCAUGAGGACAACUUCGCCAUCGUCUUCGCUGCCAUGGGGGUGAACAUGGAGACAGCUCGGUUCUUCAAGUCGGACUUCGAGCAGAACGGCUCCAUGGAGAACGUCUGUCUCUUCCUCAACCUGGCCAACGACCCCACGAUCGAGCGGAUCAUCACCCCCCGCCUGGCGCUCACCACCGCGGAGUUCUUGGCGUACCAGUGCGAGAAGCACGUCCUGGUUAUCCUGACCGAUAUGAGCUCCUAUGCUGAGGCACUGCGAGAGGUGCAAGCAGCCAGGGAGGAGGUUCCUGGCCGCCGCGGCUUCCCGGGAUACAUGUACACGGAUUUGGCUACCAUCUACGAGCGGGCGGGGCGAGUGGAGGGCAGGAACGGCUCCAUCACCCAGAUCCCCAUCCUCACCAUGCCCAACGACGACAUCACCCACCCCAUCCCUGACCUGACCGGGUUCAUCACUGAGGGACAGAUCUACGUGGACCGACAGCUCCACAACCGCCAGAUCUAUCCUCCCAUCAACGUGCUGCCGUCCUUGUCCCGACUGAUGAAAUCAGCCAUCGGAGAGGGAAUGACCAGGAAGGACCAUGGGGAUGUCUCCAACCAGCUGUACGCCUGCUAUGCCAUUGGGAAGGACGUGCAGGCCAUGAAGGCUGUGGUGGGGGAAGAAGCUCUGUCCCCUGAUGACCUGCUCUACCUGGAGUUCCUCCACAAGUUCGAGAAGCAGUUCAUCACUCAAGGUCCCUAUGAGAACAGGAGCAUCUUCGAGUCCCUGGACAUUGGGUGGCAGCUCCUGCGCAUCUUCCCAAAGCAGCAGCUCAAGAGGAUCCCUGAGAGCAUCUUGGCUGAGUUCUACCCAAGAGAGGCCAAGGCACAGGACCAGGGGCCAAUGGGCACUGCCCUGUGA